UUGCCAUCCCUAGCGCAUUGUGUAUGCAUUACGCAUUUGCGAAAUUUACUAGCAAUACGUUUUUAAAAAUCAAAUUUUACUACAAUUGGAAUCGCGGUGCUUGUGCUCAUACCCUUACCAAUAGUAGACGGCAAACGCGCCACACCUGAGAUAACGUGGCCAUGUACGCCACCAACAAUGGCAGCGUAAAUAAGGCGCCAAAUAGUAAUGCCACAACUAUGUUUGACAACACUAUUACUGUCACGCCGAUUAAAGUGGAGCUCAAUGACACUUUGACCAAGGCAGCGGCCACAACAACAACGCCGGCCCUUCGCCGACCAAACGCUGUAAUUGUCACGUCACAGCAGCUGACAAUGCCAAUGCAAACGGGCUUAUCCGUAACGAAUAGCAGCGUUGCCGGAGCCAAUGCAGGCUAUGCGACAGGCAUUAGUGUGACAUCAACGACACCGACGACGGCGCCAGCAACAAAAGAGAAGCCGACUAAAGCAACGCGCGCCCAAAUCGUACGCAAACCUCCUCCAACGAUUGACAACUUUUGGCCGAACAUCUUGACGGAGGUGAAUAGCAUUGGCCAAGUGGAUGCCAAACAUCAGGUGCUACCCCUGGCGCGCAUCAAGAAGAUCAUGAAACUGGAUGAGAAUGCCAAAAUGAUAGCGGGAGAGGCGCCGUUGCUGUUUGCCAAGGCAUGCGAAUAUUUCAUACAGGAGCUAACCAUGCGCGCCUGGGUGCACACCGAGGAGAGUCGUCGCCGUACGCUACAGCGCUCGGACAUCGCGCAGGCGAUUGCCAAUUAUGAUCAAUUUGACUUCCUCAUCGACAUCGUGCCGCGGGAGGAGAUCAAACCGUCAACCACACAGAAAACCAAAGAGCAAACAAGCUCCAAUGUAUCAACGACGGCGGCAGCAGCUGCGGCGGCUGCUGCUACGGCUGCCAGCGCAUCUGUUGUCAGCAACAACAAUGUCAACGCGAGCUUUACCACCAGCAACGUUGUGGGUGGCGCCACUGUACCUGCGGCUGCGGCGGCGGCUGCGGCUGCCGCUGGCCUUAAACUGGAUCCCAGCGCAGCCGAAGUGCUUGGUUUUAGCACUGUGACUCCAGAUCUGUUUGCGGCGGCAGCGGCGGCGGCCAACAGCAAUCAGCAGCUGCAGCAACUGCAAGCACAACAGCAUCAGCCGCAGCAGGUGCAGAUCAUACAGCAGGGCGGCGGGGCGCAGCAGCUGCAAUAUUUCAUAGCGCUGCCAGGACAGCAGCCGGCGCAGCUAGUGCAGCAACUCCAACAGCAACAGCACCAGCAGCAGCAGCACCAACAGCACCAUCAGAACAGUCUCGGCUUGAACAUUGUUGCCCAGCAGCCGACACAACAGCUAAUACUCACAGCCGGACCCAAUGGGCAGCUAACGGCGACGCCGGCGCCAGCAACCGCGGCACAGCAGCAGACGGCGCUGCUGCAGAACCUGGCUCAACAGCAACAACAACAGCAGCAACAGCAGCAGCAGCAAAUACAACUGUUGCAGCAGGUGGUGACGCCCACCGGGGAGCUGACCAAUGUUCCGAUCGCCAUAAAUGCCAAUCAGCUGCAAUUGCUGCGAUUGCAGAUGCAGCAACAACAGCAGCAGCAGCAACAACAGCAGCAGGUUGCCGCUGUACAGGCGGCGGCAGCAGCGGCGGCCGCGGCACAGCAGCAACAGCAACAGCAGCACAAUCCCCAGCAGCAGGUGAUAAUUCCCACCCAGUUGCUAACGGCACAGCAGAUCUUGCAGCUGGGUGGGACGCCCACAAAUGCAACGGCUAUAACGCAGCAGCAGCUGCAACAGCAACAGCAACAGCAGCAACAACAGCAGCAACAGCAGCAGCAGCAUCAUCACCAGCAGCAGCAGCAACAGCUACACAUCACCAGCACCAAUCCCAACAUCGGCGGCAAUAACACGGCCGGCAACAAUAGCAACAAUAACAACAACAACAGCGGCAAUAGCAAUAACAACAACAGCGCAGCAUCAAUAUUCAUAAAUGCAACGGCGUCGAACGCCCAAUUAGCAACGCAGGCGCAAGCGCAGGGUCUAAACGCAUUAACCAAUGAUCGGACACUGAGCACCGGCUUUCGGUAAAACCCAAUAGGCGGGAGAGAGACGGAGAGACAAAUCUAGAGGGAGAGAGAGAGAGAGAUAGAGAAAGCAAAAGUCCAAAACAAACGAAAACAUGGAACAGAAAACCGUAAAGGCAACGACAACAACCGAAAACCCAUAAGAGCAACCACCUUAUUACUAAGCUUAAGUUAAAAAUUUAGUUUAGGUUGAUAUGUGUUUAGCAUUGAAUCGAAGUCGAUGAAGUCGAGCUCAUCAUAUCGAAGCAUCGGGAGGCAAGUCUGUUUAUAGAUUAUUUUUUGGGCCUGCAUUUCGAUUGCGGCCCAUUCACAGCCAUUCAGCCAUUCAGUUUCGCACUAAUGUGUAUACAUAUGUAUAGAGGAGAGUUGGAUUAGUCUAAGUAAAUAUGUAAUUAAUUAAGAGUUUGUAUAAAUACCACAUAUAUAUGGGAUGAUGAGCUAAGAGAUGUCAUACAAUUUUUGUAGCAUUACUUAAUGUAUUUUAGUCCUUAGGCAGCAAAGUGAAGCCAAAAA